AUGACGGCAUUUGUGACAGAUGACCUCAGGGACGGAUCUCCGGACGUAAGAAUUUUCAUACUUCUUCGUUGUUUGCGCUAUUUGGAAUCGUUGAAUUUGAGCCAAAAUCCCCUCGGUCCGAACUAUCCUCACACGGAAUCCAACCAAACAGAUCCGGACAGCAAAACAGCCGAUGGUGAGGACGAGGAGAGUCCGGAUAAUUGCUCAUCCGAUCCCCAGAAUCCGUCAAAAAUCGAUUGUGAGACGGCCGUGCAAAUGUGUGAGCCCGAUACACCCAGGCCAGCUUCACUUGCGAUCGAUGUACCAUUAUCGAAUGGUAAAUUCUCGCCUGCCAGUAGUCCCGUGCUUCGUUUUGCUUCAUACGAACCGGUGCACGAGUCAAAAAUGUCAUGUGAUUCCGCGCGUGGAUCAUUCCGACCGGGCGCGUUCGAUGAUGAUGAUGAUGAUGGCGAUUCACAGGUGGAGAAUCGUGAGAACUGGUGGCAUGCUAGCUUACAGGUCGAUCAUGACAAAUCUGUCUCUUCCUGUCCCGUAACUCCUCCUUGUUCAUUCACGGUUCCGCCGAUUCCACCGGCUGUAACAGCCCUGCCCGCCAAUUCAGUUGGCACUGGACGCAAAUCUACUGGGACUUACCACGGUCUUUCCGCGGCUGAACGUGUUGGCAUUGAACGCAACCUAUGUGCCAUGGAAUUGGGUACUCGAAUUGCUCCAUCGUUUUCCAAAGUAAGUUUGUUUCUAUCUGUCCGAUUUGAUGCCACUCGAGAGAUGGACAACAAACUCAUCCGAUAG